CUGCUCCGCACGUCCGAGGAACCCCCCCUCCUUCGGCCCAGCGCGGCGUCCGGGUUCCCUCCCCCUCCCUCCUUCCCUGCCUCUCCACGAGCCCACCUCCUCCCCUCCUUCGCCUCCCGGCUGCGUCCGCCCGGCGUCAUCGCCCCCUUUCCCCUCCCAUCUGCCGGCCCGCGCCCCGCUGGGCUCCGGCCUCCUCCGCAGUCUCCGCCACGAGCUGCUGGUGGUGCCGGCGGGUCCGCGAGGCUCGUGGCAGCAGCACCCCGGCCGCCCGGCCCUCGCUCUGACCGCCUCGGGGGGGCCUUUGAUUCGAGCCGGGCAGCAUCCCGAGCACCGAACAAGCUUCACAGGACAAAAGAGAAGAACAAAAUGGAAAAUAUGCUAUUUUGUUGGAUAUUUUUCAUCCUUGGGUGGACCCUCAUUGAUGGAUCUGAAAUGGAACAGGAUUUUAUGUGGCACUUGAGAAAAAUACCCCGGCUGGUCAGUGAAAGGACUUUCCCUCUCACCAGUCCCACCUUUGAGGCAGAUGCUAAGAUGGUGCUCAACAGAGUGUGUGGCAUCGAAUGCCAGAAAGAACUCCCAGCUCCCAGCCUUUCUGAUCUGGAAGAUUCUCUUUCCUAUGAGACUGUCUUUGAGAAUGGCACCCGAACCUUGACCAGAGUGAAAGUUCAAGAUGUGAUCCUGGAGCCCACUCAUAAUAUCAGCAUGAAAGGAGCAUCUGUUAGGAGGAAGAGACAGGUGUAUGGCACGGACAGCCGGUUCAGCAUCUUGGACACAAAGUUCUUAACCAAUUUCCCUUUCAACACAGCUGUGAAGCUCUCCACGGGCUGCAGCGGCAUUCUCGUUUCCCCCAGCCACGUUCUAACAGCUGCCCACUGUGUGCACGAUGGAAAGGACUACAUCAAAGGGAGUAAGAAGCUAAGGGUAGGGUUGUUGAAGAUGAGAAAUAAGGGCAGUGGCAAGAAACGGAGGGGUUCUAAGAGGAGCAGGAGAGAAGCCAAUGGUGGUGAUCAACAAGAGAGUACCAAAGACAAUCUGGAGAGAACCAAGGCUCGAAGAAGAGGAAAGGAAUCUGGUCGGAGUCGGAGAGUCACUGAGGGGAGGCCCUCCUUCCAGUGGACCCGGGUCAAGAAUACGCACAUUCCCAAAGGCUGGGCUAGAGGAGGGAAGGGGGACGCUGCCCUGGACUAUGACUAUGCUCUUCUGGAGUUGAAGCGCGCUCACAAAAAGAAAUACAUGGAACUGGGGAUCAGUCCAACCAUCAAGAAGUUGCCUGGGGGAAUGAUCCACUUCUCAGGAUUUGAUCAUGAUAGGGCCGAUCAGUUAGUCUACCGGUUUUGUAGCGUGUCGGACGAAUCCAAUGAUCUCCUCUAUCAAUACUGUGAUGCUGAGUCCGGCUCCACCGGUUCCGGGGUCUAUUUGCGUCUGAAAGAGCCAGACAAAAAGAACUGGAAGCGCAAAAUCAUUGCAGUCUAUUCAGGCCACCAGUGGGUGGAUGUCCACGGAGUGCAGAAGGACUACAACGUGGCGGUGCGCCUCACCCCCCUCAAGUAUGCCCAGAUCUGCCUCUGGAUUCACGGAGAGCACGCCAACUGCACCUACGGCUGACAAGGACCUGCAACGAGGCGCUGGAUUAUCGAAUCGCAGAGCGCACCAGUUACGGUCAUUGCAGCAAGAUCACUUCCUAGGUUACGCCUGGACUUGGACCCUAGCAGUAGCAUUUCAAUAUUUUUAUAAAUUUACUUUCCAAAUGAGGAGCUUUUCAUAUGUUUGAAAAACUCUUAGGUACAAAUAACUGACACUAGAUGGGCACCUCAAUGUCAAGUAUAUAUUCUUUACAUGGUGACAAAUAUCAUUUGUAGGAAGUCUGUUGUUUCUUUCUGCCUUCCUGAGAUCACUCUUUAAAAUUUCAAACUGGUACUAAAAAUAAUAUGUGAUUUUUCUUAAAGGACUUAUUCUCAGGGUCCUACUCUGUCAAGAAUCUAAUAGGGUGCUGGUGGCACAGUAAAUGUGAAACUGCAUAUAGAGAUACAGACAGUAACAUGGUUAGAGUCUGCAUAGAGACAAUAAUUUACAACAGCUUGUAUUACUUGGAGAUGGACCCAUUCAGCUCAUGCCCUCCAUGUUUAUAUAGUGUUUUCUGUUGGGUCUGAGAAACUUUGGUUUAGUCGUUGUUGUGGUUUUUUUUUUUUUUUAAGAAUUGCAAGAUACAGCAAGCUUUAUAAACAAAGCUAGCAACUAUUUUACUGCUUUAAAAAGUAUCAACUGAAAUGUGUAUUAUUUAAAAAUGGAAGAAAUACUUUGUUCUAUGAAAUGUAUCUAGUUUAAAAAUAGGGAAGCUGAGGUAUUUUAAGAUCUCAAGUUUUUAUUUAAUGUUCAAAAUGUGGACUUUUCAUGCAGCAGAGGGAAGACAGUUCACAAAUUAUAAAUGGGCACGUUUUGAAAGCCUCAUCAUUUAAUGCUAGUCUUCUUUGUAUGAGGUGUUACGAGUUUUAGGACCAGGAAUUUUAGUCUUUCUCAAGAGAGAGCCAUUUUUCCCUUGAUAGAUUUUAGCUUUCUUAAUAGGGCCAUACACAUAUUAUUUUGGCGAUUUCUCUGACUAGCGGUUUUAGGUAAGUCCCUAGAAAUGGAUAUAAUUUACACACACAAUUUUUUAAAAGAAGGUUCUGAUCCUUUUCAUCACGGGCCAAGGCUAUACACUCGCUCAGGCCAUCAUGGCAGCCCCAGCAGACAGAAACCAGCAGCUGCCUUCAUGCAAAACACAGAGUCGUUAAUCACAAUUUUCUUGAAUGAACAGAUAUUUGUUGAAUGGUUGUAAAACUGGGUUUGUUCAGGCCGUUAUGUCUAAAGGGUUUUAGUGAUUUGAAAUUGAGUGCACCCUGAAAUUCAGGAAUUGCAAGCCUAAUUUCUGGUCUGCUAUUUUUGGCAGUUUCUAGGGGACACAUUCUUUUUCUCAUGACUCACCUAAAUCACUGAUUCUGCCAGAGUUCAAAUUUAUUUUACUUGUUAUUUUUUUAAGAGAAUGGGGAGUUAUGCCCUUGAUUAGUAUGCAAAAGAAUAUUGGAUUAGGUUAUGAUAAAAGGUGAUUUUGUAAAGCUUGUCCAAAAUAGCUGGAAUUCAAUGCAAGUAUACAUUCUUUUAUAGUGUGAACCUGUUUAAAAAUCAUUCAAUAAACAUUAAAAAAAUCAAUCAUAACUCUUACUAUAUCUGCAUAUACAUUUUAUAUACAGGGUUUCAGCAAAUAUUAAAUUAACUGUGUCGUUUACUAAAAAAUGAUUUUAUUUAAUUCUAACCGCAUUUCACUAAGCAGUGUUUUAUCAUUGGUGCUUGCUAGUGGGAUAGGUCUAUUGACUCAAAAGUUUUGAUCAAAUCUUUUUGGGGGAAACAUCUAUAUGAUCUGAAAGGGUUUUGACAUGAAUUUUGCACACUUACAUGCUUGCAGACAUAUACACACAAUCUUCAUCUUAGAUUCUUAGAAAAUAAUUCUUGGGAUUUGUGUAAGUUCAAAAUAACAUAGGGUGCUUGGUGUCAAAAGUCUGGAGCUUAAGCUUAAAUUCUGAAUACAAAUGAUGUCCUUAAAGUUGUACUUUUCAAAAAUAUAAAAUUUAGCCUAUUUUAUUUGCAGGGGUUUAUUUUAUUCUGUCAUUCUCUUUUCUUUUCCAACCGAAUUAUGAAUCUUAUAGGACCUAUUUAGGACCACUAAAGUAUACUACAUUACUCAGAAAGUUUUACUUCAGGUACUUUUCCUGUUACGCUUACCAGAUUUGAAAUAGAAAUUGACUUCACGCAGCUGAAGAAAUACACUCAGGCACAAUAUGAUGUCUAUUGCGUGCAAAGGACAGUAGUGACUUACUGCCUGAAGAAACUUAUCAGUGAUUUGAAUUCAAAUAACUACAGUAUUUACAAAACAACUGAACUUUAAAAUUUUGUGAUUUUUUUCUUUACCCCAGUAAUGUAUUUCAUUUUAUUUAUUUAUUUUUCUUGCUGAAAUAGGUAAGUUCAUGGGCAGAAGAGACAACAUUUUUUGUCUUUUUUGAUGUGCUUAUUUAAAUCCCAAAUGUUCUUUUUGAAAAAAGAUUUAAAUGCAUAUAUGACCAAGAUCAGAGUUCCAAACAAAUCAUUAACCUUU